AUGUCUAGCUUGUAUCUUGAUCCGAUUAAAAUCACAAAUGUCGAACUUGAUGUUAUUGCAUCGACUAAAGGUUCAAUUGUUCCAAAAGUGGUGGGUAGUGUUGAAUUAACUGAAAAAUCAGGAUCUGACUCUAGUACUGUAAGUCUAGAUAACCCUAGAUCUGAUAAGACCCUAGAUGUCACUACAUCCUUGGCCCAAACUGAUCAUUCUAUUGAAACCCCACUUGAAAAAUUUGAUGCAAAGUCUGAUAGUGAGUUUGUUCCAGUUAAGUCUUCUAAAAAAUAUAAAGAGAAAGAUGAUUCUGAUAGUAUGUAUGUUGAUAUAUCUGACAAAGAAGAGAAUGAUGGUGUGAAGAAGGAUCAAUCUAAAGACAUUGUAAAUGUAGAAGAUCCGGACUUUGAUGAUGAGCCCAUUGGCAAGAGAUUGGAUCUAGGAAUAGCUAAGAGGUUAAAUAGUAGAAAAAGGAAGGUUGUUGAGUCUACAAGAAAUUCUCCCAAGGCUCCCAAGAAAAGUACAAGUGUUGGUCCUGCUAAAAGGUGGAGCAAGGUUGUAACUCGUGCUACCAAGAAAAGAUCUCUGAAGAGGAAGGAAGUCCCCUCUAAUUCUAGUCACUCUGAGUAUGAUAUCGAACAAAAUGUUCAAGAUAUCAUGCCUUUAAAGAAAAUUAUUAGGAAAAAGGUCCCUGCUAAUGUGCCUGAAGUUCCCAUUGACAACAUCUCUUUUCACUUUGUUGAGAAUGUUGAAAAUGGAAGUUUGUGUACCAAAGGAGGUAAAGGAAUGGCCAAAAAAAGGAAGUUGUCAGCUGGUUGCUUGAGUGUGAAGUAUGUAGUACUUAAUAGAAUUGGAGCUGCUAAUUGGGUUCUAAAAAAUCGUACUUCCAACAUUUCUACAAGGUUGGACACUGUCUACAAGAGAGAAUCUCCUCUUUAUUUGCAUUAUAGGUUGUUCACAGGAAAACAUGUCCUAGAAAUUGUCAUGACAUCUGAAAAGAAAUCUACAAGCUCUACUUCUAGGACAGGAAUCAUUGCUGAAUUAAGGGACACAUGCAAAACCUUGGAUGAAACCAUCAAAGCUUGUACUAAAAAGAAGAGCAAGCUUGAUAUCCUGAUAAAUGCUUUGUCUGAAGAAGAUGCUGAGGGAAACCUAGGUGGUGAUAAGGAGGAGUCUAAUGAGGUUGUAGAAGAUGAUGAUGCUAGUGGUGAUGAUGUUGAAGAGACAACCAAUACUAACGAUGACUAA